GUUAGAUUGUGUGAAACUUUCUUAUCUCAUCAUGCAAUGCUUUAAUUCUUUAAAAUUUUACACAAUCUAACUCAUCAUGCCAUAUGGCCUUUUCCCAGAUCAGUUUCUUGUAUGUGCUUUCUUCUCCAUGGCUAUAUGCCUCCAACAAUUUCGUGUCUCCUCCAAGCUCCACAUUUUGGAGAGCGCCAAGGUUGAAGGUGCAGUAUGCCUUAAUGGCUCUUCCCUCGCCUAUGACUGGGAGGUCGCCAAAGACGACGCCAAUAGAACUGGAGACCAUUCGAUUGAGUGCUGUCGUAGUCGGGCUACCAUUGACCUUGGCUCUUAUUGCCACAUGAAUGUUUCUCUUUUUAAACACAUUUUCAGCGGUCACUCGAAUGACACUUUUUUCUAUAGCUGGAAUCGAGUGAUCGUUAGGUACUAUGACAGGGGCUCGUUUGCUGGUGACGUCGACAAACCUGACCCCAACACGAAGCUCUACUACAGAGGUGCUAGGAUCUUCCGGAUCGUCAUCAGGGACUUGAUGGCAAGAGUAAUAAAGGAUUCUAGCAACAUUCUCCUCGCCGAAAGGUUGAUGGGCGUGAUGAUUCACUGCAACGGCUUCCGAUGCAUGUUCUCCGCUGGCGUGAAGUGUCUCGCUGACUCUUCCCUCUUCCUUCACAUGAAGGACCCAGUCCGUGCCAAAUUCUUUAACACCAUUUUUGGCACCAUGGUGGGGAUGCAGCGACCCGAUGCGGCGUUACCCACCCGGUGUACUUUGAAAAAGAGUGCAAAGACGUGUUUCUUUCAACAGAAUCUGGUGCGCUACAUCGGGUCACUGCUCUUCAUUGUGGACCCAGCGUUCGAUUCAUUUCAGGUGAGACAUGUUUUCCAUUGAUUUGCACGACCGGAUCAAAUACCGUGAGGUCGUGACUCUUGGAGAGAUGGCGUUGCUCCGUGAUUUUAGGCGGCAAACAAUUGCGGCAUUGCCCCCGGCGAGUGCCAAGAAUGGAUCCACUCAUGAUCGUACGAUUUAAAAAGUUAGAUUGGAACUAAUAUUCUGGAAUGGAGGCAAUAUAUUAAAAAGGUGAUAUUAUA